UUUUUUUGAAUUUUAAUCAAUAUGUGUAAGGUUAGGGUGUGCUUUUGGCUGCUAGGGCCUUCAGAUUUCUUUCUGCCUUCAGGGAGCUAACCGAUGGUGGAGGCAUGUUUGACCACACGGUGAAAACUCAGGAUGCUAAGAGCAAUUUUGAUGGGGUUUGCAGAGGAGGGUCCCUGACUCCUGCGUGAGGAACAGGAAGGCGCACUGGGCUUGUGGGUUCAGGGAAGGCUCUCCUGGGCGUGGGACCGGAUCCGAUGCACAAGUGGAUUUAGCCAGUCCAGAAAGAAUAGAGAGCUUGGGGUAAGUAUAUUGGUGGUGCUACGAUGCAAAUGCCGGCCUCGCUUCCCUGUGAACUGCUGUUUAUGUCACAAGGAGCCGCUAAUGGACUUGGCUCGGCCGGCCGCGUACGCGGCGACUUUAGGGACAGAGAACCAACCCCUCGACCCAUCUGCCCCUCGCCUGGCGCCUCUCCAAGAGUGAAGAGCCCGGCGCCACCAGGCAGGGGCAGCUCCGGGAAGCCGCGAAUUGUCCAGCGAGACAAGUGUCUCUUACCCGCCUCCCCUCCCGGCUCGCCACGACCCCUCCCCGGCGGGCGGGGGAGGAGGAGUCAGGACCAGCAGAAGGAGGAUCAGCGGCUGGCGGGAGAGGGCCGCGCAUCCCGGGGGUCCCGAGUUGGGGGUGGGAGGAGCCGCUGCCGAGGCGGUGGGUUGGGGACCCCAGGGCGCCCCCGGGCGGCGGAAGACGGAUGCGCCCCUUGCCAGGCCGGAAUCGGGGUGGGGCGCUCGGCAUCCCUGCGGGGGGAGCCGGCCACCCGGCCUCACCGCCGUCGCCAAAGUUUCCCGGAGGAGCCGCAAGCUGUCCUUCCUCCCAGGCACCGGCACGGGGGCACCCCUCGCGGAGAACUGCUUCCGCGGGCAGCGGGGACCCCCUCUCUGGCUAGACCCCGCGCCUCCAUUGCGCCCAACUCAAAUUCCCAACUUGGGAGGCGCCGCGGGCCUGCGCACGCGCGCCUUCCUCGCCUCCUCCUCCUCCUCCUCCUUCCCCUCCCCCCUCCCCCUACUCGGGAAAAGGCUCGGGCCGGAGCCCGGCGCCCAAACCCGCGGCCCGGCGCCCUGACCUCCAGCUCCGGUUCGCCGCCUCCGCCCAUGCCGACGCCGGCUGCCGCGGUGCGCCCUCGCCCGCGGGCAGGCUGA